GCCCAGCCCGCAGGUCUCUCAUGGAGCAGGUUAGCUGAUUAUGUUACACAUUGCUCACUCGGGCGGGGCUAUCUAUCUUUGUUAAAGAGCUGUAAAAGUACGACACGGCCAGAAGGAUCAGACAUUUUGUCAAGCUUUCCCCAGCAGUUCUUUUUUUAUAUAGCAAGUUAGUGUUUGUGUGUUUAAGAUGUUUCGGUGUGGAAUUGCCUACCCAAGGUGCAGAUGGAUCCUGCCACUUCUACUGCUUUUUGCCGUUAUUUUUGACAUUAUUGCCAUUGCUGCAACAUCUGGCUGGGUCGACGACUCCAAAACGCAUUAUGCGAAUAUGUGGCAACAGUGCCGGGGACCAAAGGAACCCUAUGAAUGCAAAUCUCUCAUGGAUUAUGCAUGGGCCAAAGCCGUCGCUGCCCUGAUGAUCAUUGGCCUGAUACUGCUUAUCAUUGCAUUCAUUGUGUCCCUUGUGACCCUCUGCACACUGAGGCUUAGUCUGCUGCGUGUCGUGGGACUCCUUCUCCUUAUUGCAGUUGUUUUACAGAUCAUCGCUCUGAUCGUUUACCCAGUGAACUUCAACAACUUAAUCUUCGAGGGACACUACGACUACAGCUGGGCGUAUGGCUUUGGUUGGGGUGCAACCAUUAUCAUGCUUGGCUGCGGCAUCCUCUUCUGCUGCCUUCCCAACUACGAAGAUGAGCUGACCGGCAUGGCCAAGACCAAGUAUAUCUACAGCAGUGAAUAGAGACCCGGGGGAGAGGAAGAGGCACACAGACACAAGCUUCCACUGGAACACGCAGGAGCUGUUUUAAUUCCUGGUAAUGCCAGUGUAUGUCCCUUUAUUUGAUGCACGGCGGGCACACACCAGCAUUACAUUGAAUUAAAACAUCCCAAAGGAUUUUGUUCAAGAGGAAAAUGUUUCUGAAUUGCAUUAGUUAUAAGAGUAUUUUCUUUAUAUUUCUAACAGAGACGUUCAGCAGCAAAGGGACUUGGUAGAGUUUCAAAUGACGCUGUUGCAUUUUAUUGAAUCCAAGGUGAAUCAAAUUCAGAAGUUUCUUCACCAGCUCAAAGAAAUGUAGGGGGACAAGUGUGAGCAAUGAUGCUUGGACAGGUAGCAACGAUUAAUUUCUCUAAUGAGCAUACUUUUUCCAAGGCAUGUCUGGGAACUGUAAAGAGACUUUUUUGGCCAGGUGUUUUGUGGGUAAUUGAGUUGUGUGUCAGGUAGUGCUGCAUUGUUAGAACUUGGCAAUUAUAUGCAUGGCAGUUCAAAUAGGAUAUGAAAGAAUUGAAUGUACAGAGGAGAAAACUACCAAGUCCUACAAAAACACUGCUGUUUUAAUGUAAUGAUAUAUGGUAACAUUAAA